AUGCCCCCACCACCAGAUCUAUCUUCAUAUCGCCUCAGCGACGCCGAUUCCCGGCGCAUAUUCCAAGAGGAGAUCCUCCCCGCCGAGUUCCCCGCCGACGGUGGUGGCGCCUCUGCCCCAUCACCAUCGACACGCAAGCAGCCGCUCGCCGUGCUCGCCGUCGGCCAGACAGGCGCCGGCAAGACGCUCCUGGCGCCCGCCAUCAUCCAGGCACUCGUCCCGUCGGCCAAGCCCGCGCACUUCAUCGCGGACACGUACAAGACGUACCACCCGCAGUACACGCGCUUGAUGCUGUCAACGCCGCAGCACGCAUCGCCCGCGACAGGCCCGGACGCGCGCAAGUGGCUGGCCAUGGCCGCCGGCGAGGCCACGAAGCGUCGGGUGGACGUGGUGCUCGAGAGCGCGUGCCGCCACCCGGACGACUUUUGCGACCUCGCGGCACUGUUCCGCGCCGCCGGCUACCGCGUCGAGGCCGUGGUGCUCGCUGUCCCCGAGGCGUUGUCGCGGCUGGGCAUACUCGCCCGCUUCUACGAAAAGAAGCCCGAGGCGCAGUCACGUGGCCUGCCUGUGCGCUUGACGCCGGUCAAAGUCCACGACGACUCGUACGUGGGGCUUCUGCACGCGGCCCGGUAUUUGGAUGAGUCGGACGCGGCAGAUCAGGUAGUUGUGGUGCGCCGGGGCAAUUUGGUCGCGUAUGGAUGGGAGAGGGUGAGUGGUGAGCCCUCUGAGAUUGCAAAGGCGGUGGAGAAAGAGCGCCAGCGCAACUUGACGGACACGGAGAUGGAGGUCGCCCUUGGUGAUGCGCAGAAGAUCAGCAUGCACGAGGACGCAAAGGAGCAGCUGCAGCAGGUCAGGGAGCUGAUGAAGCCGCUCAUCAGUGAUGAUGCGCAAGGUGUAGCACAUUCGUCUUUGGUCCCGAUAGCAUUUGCGCAGAAGGAUGGUGAUGAGAGAGCAAGCAAUGUGCUUCGAUUAGGUUAUGCAUGA